UCACAAGAAAAGAAAACCAAAGUAACAAACAAAUAAUAGUGUCCCAAAGAAAGUGUAGUUAUUACUUCAUUACCAGCACCAACUAUUUGUGAAAUGGCUUCAAAGAGUGCUCUUCUCAUUGCCCUCAACAUUCUCUUCUUCACAGUUGUAACCUCAAACUACGUGCCAUGUCCACCACCACCAACCAAAAGCCACAACCACAAACCGCCAUCCACAAAGCCCCCCUCACAACCCAAAUGCCCAAGAGACACGCUCAAGUUCGGCGUGUGCGCCGACGUGUUGGGUUUGGUGAACGUUCAGCUUGGAAAUCCAGCAAAGACACCAUGCUGCUCCCUCAUUAAUGGCCUCGUUGAUCUUGAAGCCGCUCUUUGCCUUUGCACCGCUCUUAAAGCCAAUUUGCUUGGUAUCAACCUUAACAUUCCAAUCAGCUUGAGCUUGAUUCUCAACUACUGUGGAAAAGGUGUCCCUAACGGAUUCGUCUGCCCUUAAAUUAUGGUUCUUAAUUAAACUGCUAUUGCCAUACUUAAGAGUGAAUGAAUGGCAAUGGCACUUCACAUACAUGUGUGUCUCUCAAAGUUCUAUACAGUUUUUACUUUUGUUGUUCUGAUUGGCACGUGCCUUGCUUGUGCUAAUUGAUACUUCCAUGUUCAAUCAAUACUUUAGAUAUGUUAGUGAUUAUUACUGUUAUUGUUGUAUUACACGUAAGUGAAAUU